AUGGCUCUGCAGGCUCUUCUUGGCGGUCUGAAGCUUGUCUCGGGGUUUGGAGAGAAUUUCAUGGUUGAUGUUCUGACUGGAGUCUGCGAUAUCAGUAAGGCUGAAGAUUCGGAUGUCUGUGAAGGAAUCAUCAAGAAAGAAGGGCCUGCGCUUCACGAUGCCUUCCAAGCCUUGCAUAUCGGAUCCCAUUCCACCCAGACCAUGUGUGCCAAUCUGAUCGGACUGUGUCAGUACCCGAAAGUCCGAUCCCACGCACUCUCGUUCCCCUCGCCCAAGCCAAAGAAAAGUCGACCACUGCCUAGUGGAAAGCCGCCGAUCAAAGUUGUUCACUUCAGCGACACACAUGUGGAUUUAUAUUAUGAGACUGGUUCAAGCUAUGAGUGUUCCAAGCCCAUCUGCUGCAGGGUUUUUGAAGACAAAUACGCCCCGGGAAUCACUAAGACACCAUGUGGACCAUUUGGAAACCCAAGGUGCGACCCGCCCCAGGAGCUACAGGAGAGCAUGAAUGCCGCCAUCGCAGAGAUCAAUCCCGAAUUUUCCAUAUAUACUGGUGAUGUCGUGGCCCAUGAUGUCUGGCUAGUCAACCAGGCCGAGGCUCUUGACAGUUUCAACCACACAUAUGGCCAGAUGGAGAACACACUGGGUGUGGUGUACGCUGCCAUAGGAAACCACGAUACUGCACCACUGAACCUCUUCCCGUCGAACAACGUCCCCGAUGGAAACAAUCAAUGGGCAUACAAUGCUCUCGCAGAAGACUGGCACGCCUUGACCGGUAUCUCAUCCGUGCAAGCCGCAGAUGAGUUCGGGUCCUACUCCGCGAUUCACCCCAAUAGCAAUCUGCGCAUCAUCUCCUACAACAGCAUUUUCUACUACAAAUUCAACUUCUACAUGUACCAAGAGCCAAUGGAGAAAGACCCCAACGGGCAAUUCGAAUGGCUCAUCGAGGAACUCCAAGCAGCCGAAGACGCAGGCCAGCGCGCCUGGUUGAUCUCGCAUAUCCCGCCUGGAGUCGCAGAUCACUUCCACGACUACUCGCAGUACUUGGAUCAAAUUGUCCAGCGAUACGAGGCUACCAUCGCAGGGUUAUUCUAUGGCCAUACCCAUAUGGAUGAGUUCCAAAUCGCAUACUCCAACUACGCCGAUCGGAAUUACAACACCGCAACUGCAAUGGGAUAUAUUGCUCCAGCGAUGACACCAACCGAAGGACCUCCCUCGUUCCGCGUCUAUGAGAUCGACCCCGAGACCUUCGGCGUCUUGGACUAUACUCAAUACAUCGCCAAUAUCAGUGACCCCGGAUUCCAAGAGAAACCACAAUGGCUCCCCUACUACUCUGCCAAGGCCGACUACGGAUCGAAGCUCUCUCCUCCUGUAGAUCCGAAUGCUGAGCUGACCCCAGCUUUCUGGCACAAUGUCACUGUCGCCAUGGAGACAGACCCGUCGAUCUUCCAGGAUUUCUGGGCCAGGCGAGUCCGCGGAUACCAUGUCACUGCAUGUGAGGGCGAGUGCAUGACAACCGAGAUUUGUACUCUGCGCGCUGCAGAUGCGCAGUUCAACUGUGUCAAGCCGAAGCCUGGAUUUAAUUUCUCUAAGCGUGAUGUUCAUGCUGUAGAAGAGGAGCAUCACUGUGAUCAUGCUGGACUGGCUCCGCUUUUGGGUAAGAUUGCUCGUCGGGCUAGGGUUGCUCGGCAGAUGGAGGCAUGA